UAGAAACACUGAUAACACUGAGCACACACAGACAGAUUCAGCCAUGAUCCUGACGGGCCGCAGUUUGUGUCUUCCUUCUCGAGCCACGGUCCAGGAGCUCUUCUCGGUGGCUCGAGAUGCCAGCAUCAUCCCUGAUAUCUCCAUGGAUCCUGUCCUUACCACCUUCCUGUCGCUGGACUCGUCAGCAGCGUUGCAGCAUCAGUACGACUUCUUACAGCGGAGCAUGAGCCUGGAGCAGCAGAGCACGUUCAACCUCAACCUGACGGCGCAGCUGGGAGGCAGCAGGGUAAUCUGUGGAGGAGUGGGGGUUGUUGCUCUGGCUCUGUCCAUGCUUUUUGAUCAGGUUGCCCAACAGGUCCGAGCACAAGGAUCAACAGAGGGUCCCUCGUUAACUCAACCAUCCCGGCCUAAGAGGAUUUUUGGCAUCAGCAGCUCAUCAAGAAUCGGCUGGAUUAUCCACAGCUUCCUCAGCCUUAUCCCAGGCAUCGCCAACAACCAGGAUCAGAUGGCUGAGACCACAGAGCUCUACGAUAACUGGCUGAAAUUUGAGCUUCUCGACCAUUAUGAGAGGAUGACCACAAAGAAAAGAAUGAGUUCAGUGUCGAUGCAGCAGUGGCUGACAGGAGCUGCAAUUCACCUGCACAUAAGAAUCCACCAGGCCCGUCUGCAGUCUGUGCCAUCAGGAUCAGUUGAAUCAAUGCGCAUUUCUUAUAAGACGGGGUUAGGUCACCUGGUUCGGGGCUAUACAGCCUACCUACGCGCAAACAUCCAGGAGACUCCAGCUCUUGGUCCACAAAAACCAAGAACCAGUGCUGCCAACAGACCUAAACAUGCUAACACAUCUACUAUAACCAAUAUGACAUGCUCCAACAGCCUCCUUGUUAAUGGUAGCCAGGUUGGUCCAAGUAAUAAAUCUACCACACCCAGUUCAACUGCAGGAAUUAACAGAGGCUGUAAAACUAAUGAAUCAGGUGGAGACUUUGGAUUUAAUGUCCUAAAUGGAAGCAAUGACACCAUGAUGACAGGAGACACCCUCAACACUUCAUCCAGAUACAGCAGGAAGGAGGAAGGCAGCAUGCUUGGACUGUUAGUUAUCGAGCCCUCGAGAAAUAUAAGUCACAGUGUGCAGCAUCACCCCUGUGAGUCUCCAGCCAUACAAGAAGCUCUGGUGACUCGAAUAAUCAACGUGCAGGACCUGGACAGGAACAGAAAUUUUUUCCUGUAUCAUGACAGAGUUUUUCAGAGCCUGCUAAGGCAGAGGGACGACUUCGAACUGAGGACAAAUUAGACAAAAACAAAUAUCUGAUUAGUCAGCCACAAAAACUAACACAAGGUUGUUACAGCCAGUAAAGCAUAAUUUUCUUUCCUAUUUUCUACUAGUCUAUUAAACUGGGUCAGUUACCACAUAUAUAAAUAUAAGACCCUUUCAAUACAAAUUUCACAUGACCAGAAUGAACUUUUUCAGAUAAUUUAGGAAACAAAUGAAAGUGUUUUCUUCGAACUGUCAUCAUUUCCUAAAUGCCAAAUGUCAUCUCAAAUCAUCACAUCAUGGGCUUUUGGCUUAAACAUCUCAAAUUUGCUAAAAGUUUCAUUGUCCAAAAUAUGGACAUACAUAAAGACUGCUGUAAAGAUUAUAUAUAUAUAUAUUUAAAGAGUGUGCGGGUUUUUUGACUAUCUUAAAUUUGAACACACCCCAAUAAAAAACAGUGACAGUUCUUGAAUGGUAUAGAGUUAUUUUUCACAAUAAUGCAGACAAAAACUAUAACUACUAUUUUUAUAAACUACUACUUUGAACAUCUUAAUCAGAAAAAUUAUGGAAAUGUAUUUUUAAUUCAACUCUAUUGCUGGAUUGAGUAAACAUUACAAGUUGUACCACAAAAGCAAAACUAUUAGAUACUAAUAGAUAGUCUAAUCCAAAUAGAAGACAAUAAAAAAUAUAGCACACAUUGUAAUAAAUGAAAACCUACACUGAGACUAACCUAAACAAAACCUAACAUUGUAUACGAGAAAAUUAAACUGAAACUUAACAUUGAAUUAGAAUUAAAACUGAACUUCAAUGAGCAGUUUCCCAGUGGAGACUACCUGAAAUGAAACUGAACUAAAAACAAAACUUAACAAUUACUAAUAAUAAACGCUAAUAAAACUGAAAAAGUGUGAAGUUUCAUUAUAAUUUACUCAGUUACUUUAUUUUUAACGUAAUUUGUUUA